AUGUUUAAAUUCCUGCACGACAUAGAUGUGGCGAAGAGGAAGCUCCUAAACACCAUUAACAACAAAUUGGCACUCCCCAACGAAGACGAUGAGUGCCUGUUCCCUGGGGAUGAACAAACUAUGAGCCGCGCACUGGGGGAAGGGGAGUGCUCGCUCCCAAGAAAGGGGCACCCUCCAAACGGAGAGGAGGAUGGAGAGGGGGACGGUGAGGAGGGAGACCAGGACGACUCAAGCGAGUCUGACAAGGACGAUUCGAGCGAGUUUGACAAGGACGAUUCGAGCGAGUCUGACCAGGACAACUCAAACGAAUCAAGCGAAUCACGCGAAUCUGACGAGGACGACUCAGUCGGGUCCAGUGGUGACAACCUUAGCGAAUCCGACGGUGAUGCGAAAAGAAGGGUGCUAAAUAGACAUGAGGAGACUGACGCACGUGAGGAGAACGGAAAAAGGGAGGACGAAGAUGGAGUGGUUGCUUCCGGAGGGGCGGUGUGCAGAAGAAAGGAUGCUGCUCCGAUGUGUGCGCCUCCGCAGGGGAGGAGGGAGAAGAAGAAAAAGGCGCGGAAGGGGCAGCCGCUCCAGGGGCAACCGCUCCAGGGGCAGUCUCUCCAGGGGAGUGAAAGACGCGAAAACGGCAGCGUAAUCGCCAUCCGCAGCGAAGUUAGCACGGAGGUGGGAGCCAUUCCGGUUGCUCAACCAAUCAGAGGAGGCAGAGAAGGCAGUGAACGUGACGAGCGUGACGAGCGUGGCGAACGUGGCGAAUGCUCUAAACGGGGCAGCCGCGCCAUGCCGAGUAACGAAGCUGAAGUGGAUGAAACAAAAAAAAGCUACCCCCCCAAGUUAAAGAAGGAAACGAAAAAGAGGAAGAAAAAAAACGGAAAAGAUGGCACAAACAUCCUUGCAGAGCCUACCAUUUACAACAGUCUCAAACAAGAAGUAGCAAAAAAUCUGUGUUGCAAAAUAGAGAGUAAAAAGUAUGACGAGGUGGUCAAGCAAAUGAUCCUGUUAAGAGAACUGUUCAGCGAAGGGGCAAACUCGAUGAUGGACCCUGAGAUGGGCCAGUCCACAGAAAGGAACUGCUCGCGUGAGCAACAUAGGAAGCUGGCAGAACAGUGCGCCACAAAGAUAUGCGAGCUGGUACUUGGCGAUAGGAGGCAGCCGUUUGGGAAGCCCCCCCUAGUUCGCAGUGGGGGGGAGAAAGACGACAAAAAGGAGAAAAAGGAGAAAGACGACAAAAAGGAGAAAGACGACAAAAGGGAGAAAGACUUCAAGCACGAGAAAGACGGGGAACUCCUAACCAACGAUGCAAAGGAGAAAACAAAAAACGAGAAAGAAAUAAUUGAACUGAAACGGAGAAACAAAAUCCUUAGCGACAUAAACGAGAGACAAACGAAACAGCUGUUGCAGCUAUCGUGUCAGUUGUCCUCUAACAUAAAAAGUGAUUCUGAAAAAAGUGAACAGAACUACAUGAGUGCUAGGGUUGACUCCAUGGAGAGGGAGCUAACUCAGUUGAAGGGAGAAGUAGCUAUGCUGGAAGAAAUGGCAAGUGAUAAAAACGUACAUGUGAAAAAAAACUACGAAUUAGGAUGUCUUAUAAAAUCGCUGGAAGCCUCUUUGCAGAAGAAGUCCCAUCUGUGUGUUUCCCUUUGGAGAGAGAAACAAGAACUACAGGAACGAGAUGCCCUGGAGGAGCUCUCGCGAAAGGUAAAGAAUUACAAAUUUUUUUUAGACGAAUGGAAGUCUCUCUCUGUUAGAAACAAAACAAAAAAAGACGCGGAAUUGAAAGAAACAAAAAAACUGCUAUCACAACAGGUUGCAAAAAAUGAAAUGCUAGAAAAAAAAUAUCAAACUCUUUUGGAAAAAAUGAGAUUGCUUGACAGGGGUGCAGAUGCAGACAAAGGUAAUAACGACAUGGGUACUGGAAUGGGUAACGUCACAGACGGAGGGAUACGUUGUGAAGGGAGUCACCAGGAUGACGGGGUCUGUCCCCAAACGAAGGAACUCAUAGACGAAGUAAAUUUUUUAGCAAGAGAAGUCGACAAGCUGCGAGAGGACCAGCUCCUUCUGCAGGAGGACGUGAAAAAGAAAAGCACGAUUAUCGUGCACCUUAUAAAGAAGCACGCCCUCAGCGAGCAGCAUUUCAGAUUAGACAACAGCCUCCCCAUACUCAACAACAAGCUGACGUAUGACGAAAUCAGGAAGAUAAUGGAGGAGACCCUCAUUGAAAAUAUUCGGCUUCGCUCAGAUUUAGUGACCUUGGCCAAGUGUGUCAAGGGAGACAGCGCUGGGUCUUGUGUGGGACAGGACAACCCUGGUGAGUAG